UGUAUUAUCCGAAAAAAGAACUCGAAAAGACAGAAAAAGAAUGAGCAGCUUUACUCCGUCCACUGCUCUGCUCCAAGCCCAGAUCACUCCCCACCGCGGCCCGGCGGUCCGGGCGUGCCUUCCGGCCUCAGAGAACGCCACUAGCCGCCGCAGGAUGCUGUCGGCAUUCGUAGCGACGACCUCGCUAGCGGCGGGGUUCCAGGUUCAGGGCGCCCCGCAAGCGCUGGCGGAGAGCUGGGGCACGCGCUCGUUCCUGCUGGAGCGGUUCUUCCAGCCGGGUCUGUCGCCGGAGGAGGCGGUGGCGAGGAUCCGGCAGACGGCGGAGGGGCUGCACAGCCUUAGGGACAUGCUGGACGCGAUGGCUUGGAGGUACAUCAUAUUCUACAUACGGGAGAAGUCGGCGUACCUCUCUCAGGAUCUGAAGAACGCCGCCACCACCUUGCCGGAGGGCCGCCGGAAAGCCUAUGUCAAUAAAGCCAACGAGUUGGUUGAUAACAUGUCCGAGCUCGACUACUAUGUGCGCACUCCUAAAGUGUAUGAGUCGUACAUGUACUAUGAGAAGACAUUGAAAUCCAUAGACGAUCUCGUGGCAAUGUUGGCUUAGUCUCAAGGUUGCCAUCGAUAUAUGAAACUGUUCGAGAGCUCAAGAUGGGGCCAUUGUGGGAGGCAACGUUCGAGUCCUCGCGAAGAAGCGCUGAGACAUCUGAUUGAUCGGCAGUUCCUUUAUGAUGAUUUCAUUUCGAAUGAACCGGUUGAAACCAAUUGGCAGAAUCAGUUAAAUAGUAACAGCAUUGAUCUUUUUCUCUCUUAAAA